AUGAGCUGCAUGGGCUGUCUGUGCUCGUUCAUCGGUCGCAAGUACAGCGGAACGGUGAGCCCGCAACGCAACGCCGACAACGAGCCGCUGACGUACGAGAUGGUGUACGCGUGGGCCGCCUCGUUCGACGCGCUCAUGAAGACGCGUCACGGACAACGGCACUUUGCCGAGUUCCUCAAAGGCGAGUACUCGGACGAGAACAUUCUGUUCUGGCAGGCGUGCGAGGAGCUGAAACGCGAGCGAAAUCCCGAGAAGACGGAGGAGAAGGCGCGCAUCAUCUACGAGGACUUUAUCAGCAUUCUGUCGCCGAAAGAGGUGUCGCUGGACUCGAAAGUUCGCGAGAUGGUCAAUCAGAACAUGGCGCGACCCUCGUCGAACACUUUCGACGAGGCGCAGAACCAGAUCUACACGCUCAUGGCCCGUGACAGCUAUCCGCGAUACAUUAGCUCGCCGGCUUACAAGGCGGCGCUCACACAGUUCGGAGUGAUCGAGGAACACGUUCGUGAGUUUUCGGGAUCCGCCGCUCAUAGGCCAUGGCAAUACAAAAAGUGUUUAGAAUGA